UGUGGUCACACUAGUGUAGAAUCUGCUAACAUACGAACGUAAACAAAUAUCUUUCUUAAAGUAAUUAAAAAAAAAAACAAAAUGCCAUUAACUGCAGAAAGUGCGGCACAACAAAUUCAGGAACGACUGAAAGACAUACAACAACACAUACACAAAGUGGACAGUGAACGGCGUCGUGCAGAAACUUCUAUUGCAAAUAUUGUGCGAGCACAGCAAAGUCAGAUAGCGACUCCGAAAUUGAAGAGUCUGCUGCAGUCAAAGAUCUUGGAGGCCACACAGGAGGAAGCAACGAUAAGAGCAGCGUUGGCUAAAAUCCAUGAAAUACGCAACAUACGGAAUGAACGUCGCAUUCAAGCUAGAAAUGCGGGCAAUAAAGAAGCCAUUCGUCGUGGUGCGCUCAUGAAAAUGGUGCAGCUGUCGGCGCAAACGUUGCCGCUAUUCGUUAGCAAACCAGGCGAACGAGCUCCGGCUCUUUGCGGAGCAAUUCCAGCUGAGAGUAGCUAUGUAGCCAAAGUAGGUGACAAUGUGGCCGCCUUGGCCAAGGGCAUUGAUGAGGAGGAGAACUGGAUCUUGGCUGAGGUGGUGCAGUUUCUACAUCGUCAGAACAAAUACGAUGUUAUUGACAUCGACGAGGAGCAAAAGGAUCGCCAUGUACUAAGCAAACGCAAAGUUAUUCCACUGCCAUUGAUGCGUGCAAAUCCGGAGACCGAUGGUCAUGCACUCUUUCCCAAAGAUACAGUUGUGAUGGCUUUGUACCCACAAACUACGUGUUUCUACAAAGCUAUCGUGAAUCGCCUGCCACAAACAGCUACCGAAGAUUAUGAUGUGCUAUUUGAGGACUCGUCGUAUUUAAAUGGGUACGCGGAACCGCUGCCUGUAGCCCAAAGAUAUGUCAUUGCAUACAGACCCACCAAGAAAGGUGGCAGCAGCGGCAGUGGAAAUCUCUCAUCGGCUUAAGCGAUAACAAAAAGUGGGAAAAAUUAAAAACAUUCGAGUAUCAUCUCACCAAUUGUUCUUUCCUAAAAAUUCAAUUUUGUUGGAACACACUUGACAACGCCAAUAUCUUCUUUAAAUAAAUUAAAAAUAACGUUAAUUAAUUAGUCAGUGAGUAAUGAAAAUUAAACUUAUCGAUGGUUUCGUUCUGCCAACGCGCUUGAAAAUUAGCACGCUGGGUGUAAUUUUAAAAACCUGCCAAGCUAAUGUGUUAUCGACUACAUUAUUAUAAAUUUAAAAUGUAAAGUUGAAUAAAAAAAUCAUAUAUAUUUUUAACAUUUUUGUAAUAGUUGCUCUUUCCGAAUUUUAAUUUUAUAUACUGUUUAUAUUCAUCGAUGCAUCGAUAGUGUCACCGAUGCUUCUCGAAUGUUUAUCCACCUCUAGUUCCAGCUCUACCAUUCACUACAGCAAUAGCCGACAGAGAUAACCAGUCACAUACUGUGCGCGACGCUUUGAGCUGUGGAUUCCUCUUACUUUAAUUAAUUUUUCUGCUGUCUAUCUGUAACUGCAACAGAGAAUCGUGCGUGUGUGCAACUAAAACACAAACACGAAACACAGACACAUUUACAAAUUAUUCUUAGUUUGGUCAAGUAACUAAAACAACAACAAACA